AUGGGUCGUGCACUGGCGGUGGUGUUUACCACUCUGGUGCUACAAGCAUUAUGGGGCUCUGUCUUCUCCUCCUUACUGGGCCCGCGCACAGCGGCCACCAAGACCGUAGACCAAGCCGAUAUGGACGGGAAUGAAUAUUGUCACUCUUGCAUUAAAAUCGACAACAUCUGCUACAACCACACUUAUUUGUUCGAGCUUCCCGCGCCCUUCGACGAAAACCCCGUCGUUGAAAUAAUGGGCAUCAUGAGCAAAACAAACAUUAUAUUUUAUACUUUCGACCCAAAAUUCCACGAUAAAGAAUACUCCAAAGUUGGCUACGUAUCGUUAUACCAUCCGGAACUCUCUGGCGUGAUCUCCGGCGCGCAGUAUUUCAACUUUCGCCCCUUUGAUAUAGAUCACACAAAGAAAAAAGUAUAUCUAGGUGGUUCCGAUGGUAUAUGGGUUGUUGAUGAUAUCGACUAUAUUCCUAUAUAUUUUACCGGGAAAUCUAAUCUCAUUACUAAUGUUGUUGUAAAGGACUAUGUGUUUUAUACUGAGUACAAUCGGGAAGGAAUAUUUAAAUAUGUGGACGGGCAUUAUGUCGUUUAUUUAGAAGAUAAAAUGAUAAAUAAGUUUAUUCUGGAUGUCGAUUAUAAUAUUGUGUAUUUCAAUGUUAGUGGAUUAUUUAUUUCAUUUCUUACUAAAAAUCACGAAGAUGUACAAAUAUCAAUGGAGCCGUGGAUGAGAGGUUUGACUGUUGAUAUGAAAGGAACAGUAUACGCCUGGCAUAUAAAUGGGAUAUAUAAAGUGACUGUAGGCGAAGUUCUUUCCCAGUCUACAUUGAAACGUGUUACAAGUAUAGCUCCGGAUGCGAUGACGUUUGAUGAGUCGAACAACAUCAUAUAUUCGAUCAAAAAAAAGUUGUAUAAGUUGACUAAAGUUGGUACCAGUAAGUGUUUUGGUAGGUAAUUCUAGUUGAAAAUUACACGUUUAUCUGUAAUAUUACAAAAUCU